AUGAGCAUUACCAAGAACUCAACCCUGAUCACCAAGAACAGAUUCAUUCUUCUUGGCCUCACCGACAUCCCAUACCAACAGGCUCUUUGUGUCCUAAUAUUACUGAUAAUAUAUAUCAUCACACUGUCAGGAAAUGUCAUACUUGUCAUAGUAGUAAGGAUGAAUACACAUCUGCAGACACCCAUGUAUUUUUUCCUAAAAAACCUCUCUAUAGUAGAUAUUGGCUUCUCUUCCACCAUAGUGCCUAAACUACUUCUAAUUACUGUUGCUCUGGAUAGAAGUAUUUCACUCUUGGAAUGUGCUUUACAGAUGUACUUCCAUUUAGCCCUAGGAGGUACUGAGAGCAUACUUCUGGCAGUUAUGGCCUAUGACAGGUUUGCAGCAAUCUGUAGGCCAUUACAGUACAACACAGUUAUGAAUCAGAGGUUCUGCAUUUACAUGGCAGCUGGUUGCUGGACUGUGGGCUUUGCUAACUCCAUCAUUCAUGUUGCUCUUACAUUUAAGCUGCCUUUCUGCAGGUCCCACCACCUUGAUCAUUAUUUCUGUGAAGAGCCUCCAUUCUUCAAGAUCUCCUGCCAAGAUACCUGGUUGAAUGAGGUGGUGAUGUACAUUGCAGCCUCCAUACUUGGAAUUUUUUGCUUGUUUUUGACUCUUGUUUCCUAUGCUCAGAUAAUCCGCACCAUUAUCAAUAUCCGUUCCACUCAUGGGAGGAGAAAAGCUUUCUCUACUUGUGCAUCCCAUCUGACAGUUGUUUCCUUAUUCUAUGGAACCAUUUUAUUUAUUUAUUUAGGUCCUGGCAUUACCUACUUUACUGAGGCAAACAAGUCUGUGUCAAUGAUUUAUACAGUUGUAACGCCAAUGAUAAAUCCCAUUAUCUAUAGCAUAAGAAACAAGGAGAUCAAGGAAACAAUCAGAAAAAAACUAGCAAAUCUUUAUGUAAAAACAGUAGAGGAAUUUCCAUAG